GGUACCUACACCUUCAAGGUCCGCGUCCUUGAAGGCAUUAUUCGUCCUCGCCCGACUCGUGUGCCGUUACAUGAAGAAGAUCGCUGUUAAGCAUUUCGCGGCCAAGUUCUAGCCUGGAUCCUCUUCAUCCUAGAACUGGAGUCCUGUUUGAGCAUUUAAUUCUCCUACCUCGUCCCGGAAGUGGUGAACGGGUACGUUGCUACGUUGCUACCCCACCCCGAUCGGUUCCCUUUUAUCCCUUCCUGAACAGUAGCGUUUCGAACGUCAGUUGAACGGGAGUGAUUGAGGGGUAAAGAGGUGGGUGAUACCCUGGAAGCAGCUCGUGGCAAGACGACGACGACGAAGACGUGGUCAAGAAGAGGAAGUUGUAUUCUUUGCCGAGGAGCAUGAGGUCCUCGUUGGUGCUGCUCCUGAUAGCAGCUUUCGUCCUUGCCGAGGCCUCAAUCCGAGUUAAACGGCAAGAAGAGAAAAAAGAAGAAAGCUUCGAGAACGAGAUUUGUAAAGAUAAGGAUGCGGGCGAGUGGUUCAGAUUGGUCGCGGGCGAGGGUGACAAUUGCCGUGACGUUAUUCAGUGCACGAGUUCCGGUCUGCAAGCAAUAAGAUGCCCAGCUGGUUUGUACUUUGAUAUCGAUAAGCAGACCUGCGACUGGAAGGAUUCCGUCAAUAACUGCAAGCUGAAGAACAAAGAGAGGAAGGCCAAGCCUAUGAUUUACACUGAAGAACCACUCUGUCAAGAUGGCUUGCUCGCGUGUGGUGACGGAGCCUGUAUUGAGAGGGGUCUCUUCUGUAACGGAGAAAAGGACUGCACUGACGGCUCUGAUGAAAACAUUUGCGAUAUGGACAAUGAUCCCAAUAGAGCUCCACCAUGCGAUCCUUCUGUGUGUACCCUGCCUGACUGCUUCUGCUCGGAGGAUGGUACUACGAUACCCGGUGAUCUUCCGUCCAAGGAUGUUCCUCAGAUGGUCACAAUUACUUUCGACGACGCCAUUAACAAUAACAAUAUUGGCCUCUAUAAAGAGAUCUUCAACGGCAAGCGCAAGAAUCCAAACGGCUGCGACAUCAAAGCAACCUUCUUCGUAUCGCAUAAGUACACCAACUAUUCUGCGGUCCAAGAGAUGCAUAGGAAAGGUCAUGAAAUCGCCGUCCAUUCAAUCUCGGCAAGGCACAAUGAUGACGAGCGCUUCUGGUCGGACGCUACCGUCGAUGAGUGGGCUAAGGAGAUGGCUGGCAUGAGGAUCAUCGCCGAGAAGUUCGCAAAUCUGACGGAUAACAGCGUGGUCGGCGUUAGGGCGCCGUAUCUGCGGGUAGGCGGUAACAAUCAGUUCACCAUGAUGGAGGAGCAAGCCUUCCUGUACGAUUCUACCAUCACUGCGGCCUUGAACAACCCUCCGCUGUGGCCAUACACCAUGUACUUCAGAAUGCCACAUCGUUGUCACGGAAAUCUUCAACACUGUCCCACUAGAUCGCAUGCCGUGUGGGAGAUGGUGAUGAAUGAGCUGGACCGGCGUGAGGAUCCACAAAACGACGAGUAUCUGCCCGGCUGUGCUAUGGUGGACUCGUGCAGUAACAUCUUGACCGGCGAUCAAUUCUAUAAUUUCCUCAAUCACAAUUUCGAUCGUCAUUACGAGCAGAAUCGUGCUCCUCUCGGUCUCUAUUUCCAUGCCGCUUGGCUGAAGAACAAUCCCGAGUUCUUGGAUGCCUUCUUAUAUUGGAUUGAUGAAAUCCUGCAGAGCCACAAUGAUGUGUACUUUGUAACGAUGACUCAGGUGAUCCAAUGGAUUCAGAACCCGCGCACCAUUACUGAGUCGAAAAACUUUGAGCCUUGGCGGGAGAAAUGUACGGUGGAGGGACCACCGGCGUGCUGGGUGCCCCAUACCUGUAAACUGACCUCGAAAGAGGUGCCCGGCGAGACCAUCAACCUUCAGACUUGUGUCCGCUGUCCCAACAAUUAUCCUUGGGUGAAUGAUCCGACUGGUGACGGCUUCUUUUAAACUGCCGAGCGCGAUUCUCCUUCUCGUCUAAGUCAAAUUUCUUCUCUUUCUCCUUAGUUCUGCCAAUCCUUUCCUCCCUGUACCUCAACCUAAUGUCGGUCGAAAGGCACAUCGCAAGUCUUCGCGAUCCAAUUACGGCGCCGAAAGUCAUCGAUCAACGUCAAGUACUCUCUCGAGACUUUCGAGAACGAUGGUGAUUACGACGACGAGACACAUGGAGGAGACGAGGAGAAAGAUCAUCAUUAGUCCAUUAGACUUCGAUGAUCGCCCUUAGUUGACAAUAUUUUUCGCUGUUUUUAUCGUUGAGAACGACAUAUCUGUGAUGAUUAGUUCUGUUCA